GAUUUGUGCGUCGAAAGCGAUACAUCCGCGUAACUUGCGUAAAAAGUAUCGAAGAAAGAUCAUCGUAGGGUGUUAAUUCGCGCGACCGAUCGUGAUUUCCCGCCAUAUUUGCAUCGGUAUCUCCGUCGCAUUGCGUGAACUAUUCUUAUUUCUCUUUCUAAAUACGAGAGACAAGUAGCCAAUCGGAGCAAUGUCUUUCUCUUUUCAUUCUCUUUCAUUUUGUUAAAAGCAGAGAAGGACAAAAAUCUAUAUUUAUUAGAAAAGGUCCGCAUAACGUUUAAAUAUCUCUAUCCCUUUCACACAAAGAUUUCUUUGUUCGGAAACACUUCCAGUUACUUGUAGCGCCAACACGCACGCGGCUAUUAUCGACAGUGUUGUUAUGUUGUCACCGUCCAUAGGUUAACAGAAUUUGGCAGAAGUAAUAACAAUCACGAGUGACGACAUCUAUGUGUAAAACUUUUCACGGCAAUCUCGAUCGGAUUACGUACCGAGUUCAAGUCGCUCCGUAUUUUCAGUAAUAUUUAUACAUUACUGGAGUGAACUCCUCGUGUAAAAUUGAUAAUCGGAAAUGUCGAAUUUCGACCGAUCGUCCUGCGACAUCUAUUACAACGCUCGAUCGUGUUCUCUCGAUAUAGGUUAUUUCGUUCCGUUGUAUCCGUUGUUUUUCAAGACGCGCAUCCGUUUAUCAAGACGCUUAUCCACCUGUGAGUAUUUCGCGUUAUUCAUUAUCCGAUAUCGCGAACGCAAUAGAGGCUUUCGAAUACCGAAGAAAGAAAGUGACGGUCGCGAUGCAUUACCCGAGACAAAAAUCUUAUAUUUGCAAUAUCGAAAGAAAAAAUCUAAACAACGUUAAUAUUUUCGUCCGCCAUGAUUGUUGACGUCACAUAGUUUUCUCAAACUUUAUGUUGUGUCGCCACCGGUCGAAAAUUUCAAACGCAACGUGAGCUACUCCGAAUAACUUCAUUCUGUUGAGAGUGCGUCGCACGGAUAAGUAGUAUCGAUACAGUGAUCUAUCUCUUGGAAUAAAAAAGUGAUCUCUUUUAAUCGCAAGUGCGUGAUGAGUCUCGUCAUUCGGGAGUGCCGAAUAAAUCGUGUGACACUUCAAGUCGCGAGUAUAAAACGGAGGAAAAAACAAAAGUGUAUAAAGUAACACGUGGUCCUUCGCGUCAAGACGCGCAUCCAUCACGUGCACGUGUAUCCCUUAUCUUCACAUCCGCCAUUGUGGAUGCAAUAAAAGAUUCUGAAGUGUCCGAGAGUGUCGUAUAAAGUAAAGGGGUGGUCGUGUUUGCGCAUAUAAUCAGUGAUUAGAGCAUGAACGAUCUGUGAGUGAUAAGCGAGGAACAGGCGAUUUCAGCGGGAUUAUGGAUCCUUUUUACACGAGAGAGAAGAGAAAGAAUGAUGAAGCGAUGAAGAGAUCACUUGAGCAAUGGGACCGACUAGAGAAGCUGUGGCUCAGGCUCGGUCUCAUCAAACCGGAGGAAGAAAAUCGCCGGUAUCAGGAUUUAUUAGAGCGCUAUACAGCCGCUCCUUCCUUCUCUAUUUCGCCGGAAACCGUCGGUGGGCUCUCUGAGCCCACCCUCUCAUCGGUCAAACUGGCGAGCGCAUUAACCGCUGGCAUGAACCCCCACCAUCCGGGCCAUUCCGCAGCCUACCCUCACCAUCCCUCGCUCUCGAGCAGUCCGCAUCAUCCGGGGCCUGGCGGGCCGCAUCACGCAUACGGAACUGGCGGAAGGGGUAGCGGCAGCGGCGGCGGCACGACCACCACCCCCGACUUGCCCAGCCCGCAUUCACCCCCGCAUGCCGGCGGUACCGGCGAUCCCGCCACCCCCUAUGGCGCCCUGCAGCCCGGACAGGGCAUGGGCAGCAAUGGGCAUCAUCAUGGUGGCGGCGGCAUGAUGCCCGAUCAUCCGCAUCACCCCGGACACCCCCAUCCUCACAUGUCGGGACACCCCGCGUAUCCAUCAGUUAACCACAAUAAUAACUGCACGCUCAAGCAAGAAGGUGGUCCAAGCGGGUCAACAGGCCUUCGGCAUUGCGCCGGCUGCGGUGUACAAAUAGUGGAAAGAUGGCUGUUGCUAGCGAUGGAUCAGUACUGGCACAUUGGCUGCCUCAAGUGCACGUGUUGCCAAGUGGUAUUGGGGGAAAUCGGCCAGUCCUGCUACACCAAAAGCGGCAUGAUUCUUUGCAAGACCGACUACAGACGGAUGUUCGGUAGCGGCGGCGUCUGCGCGAGUUGCGGCAACGCAAUACCAGCAAACGAAUUGGUCAUGAGGGCCGGUGAAUCGGUAUUUCAUUUGAAAUGUUUCAAUUGCAAUAAAUGUGGCGGCCAGCUCGUCUCUGGCGACAGAUAUUACUUGCUGUCGGGCUCGCCAGUUUGCGAAUCUGACUGGCACAAGAUUGUCAAGUCGUCGAGCGUGGCGGCAGCGGCAGCCGCGGCGGCUGGCAACAGCGGCGCACCUGUUAGGAAAGGUAAGGUCGGCAGGCCUCGAAGGAGCCGCGAAUGAGGCGGCAACCCGGUCGGUCGCCCGAAGAAGGUGCAGCCUUCUCCGCAGCCGACGCCUCCCGUCGUCGUACCCUCGCCUCAGGUCGAUGUCGUGGACGUCGCCGUCGGAGUGGAUCCCUAUUCGCCGCCUCCGCCGGGUCAUCAGCAUUACCACCAUUAUCAUCACCAUCACCACCAUCAUCAUCAAAUGGCACUUGCGCAUUCGAGUCUGGCGGCCCAGCAAUCGCACCUGCAGGCGUCCGGCUAUCAAGACUGGUCGCCCUGGACUCAGGAUACUUGCGAUUAAAACUGCUACGUUGCAGUAGGAUCGAUUCCCGAAGGACAUCGCGAUGAAAAAGCCUACCCUAUGCGUUGCGAGUCCGGGCUUUCUAGGAGAAUCGCAAGGAGAAUAGAGUCUACGUAGCCAUCUCUUGGGACCGAGUCACCGCUAUCGGUGACUCUAUCAGUCGAGUGUCUCCGUAUACUUGGCGCCGUGAUAUUGAACGCGUUUGAAUAUGUCGCGGCGGUCAAACGUUUCCGAACAUGAUACCGUGAUGUUAAAUAUACAAUAAUUGAACUUGCCGCGGAUAUACCGAGCGAUCUUUGCGCUCUGACAAUGUUGGCGUAUCGAGUGUAUAUCAACUUGAUACGGAUGCUGAUAAUUUCUGAUUGGCUCAAUGAAUAUCUUUAAGCUUGAAUUAAAAUCGCUUUGAAGUCGUAAAUACAUCGAAACUUGAUGUAGACGCCGUUUCGAUCUUAUAGUACUUGGCUUUUUUGUCCAAUACUGAUAAACUGGCGAAAUUUCUUGAAAUAUUUUUGAUCGCUCAGUAUUAAUAUUGCAACAUCUAAGAAUCAAAUGAUGCUAUUAAAUUCAAUUAGCAAUUUAAACAUCACUUUUUAAGCAAUAAAAAUAUAUUUCCUAUGCAUCUGCGACAGGUUGAGACACUCGAUACCACAUUACAAAAGCACCAUCAUCACGCGAAUCCGCCGGUUUUCUUAAUAAUAAUCUUUGCUCAAUUGUAAAGAAUCGAAGAAAGUCUAAAAUAUGCACGACUCAUCGUGUAUGUACCAUCAGCCGCAGUAUAGUGACGUCAAUUUUCUUCUUUAAAACCUUUUACAGUCAUCAGUGUUGCGAUAAUCGAUCUCGACAAAAUGAUGUGGAAUGUAGAAUUCGUUGAAUGGGCGCAUGCACUCUUUCACGCCUUUGUGAAAUAUAUCAAAAUAGCUGUUUCUAUGGAUAUCAUUCUCAAAAUAAUCAUCAGAUUAUUCUGAUGUUAAGAAUUUACUUUGUUUUAUUUCGGAAUGAUUAAGAGAGUAUUUUUAAUUUACACCAUUUUAGUUGAGUCUUGCAACAAGGCGUUCGAUUUUUUGUUGUCACUUUGAAGGCAAUACACAUCCCUAAAAUAAUGUCGCGUACUAAAUCUGACACGUGCGAUCGACGAGGAUCUAAUCAUGCGAGAAAGACAGAUGGCAAUCGGAAGAGAAAGAGAAAGAGAGAAAUAAUUCGACGGAAAUCGAACAAGAGAAACGACGAUGGCGCGUAAGUUCUGUGUGAACCCUUAGAAAAUUAUUUUUCUUUCAAAAUUAUCAUUCCCGUCGAUCCGCCGCUACGCUUCGUAAACUCAUUAGGCGGCCCUUGUUCCCGCCAUCGUUAAUUGAGUGUCGAGGUAAAACGAACGACACGAAAUUAUCAUUCGAAUCCUUCUUGUUAGGCAUCAGCGUCACUUUGUUUGUCUCUUUCUUACUCUUUCUCUCUCUCUCUCUCUUUCUCUAUCUAUCUAUCUCUUUCCUUUCUUUAUCGGUUUUGCUCGCGCUUUCGCUUUUUCUUUCUUCUUCGAGAAAUCGUCAUUUUUAUUUUAAGUAACAUAAUCAACUAAAUCUAUUGUAAAAAAAUGAAAUUCAUUCUUUACUGCAAACGUAUCGGUUUCUAAUACAUCCGGAUCAAAUUUAUUGUAAGUGUAAUCGUAAAGUGCAUUAUGAUAUGUUACAUGUAGGAUGAAAAAUAAUCGAUGUCGUUGAUUCUCGAGGAGAAAACAAAGCUCAAUUGUCAUGAAGAAUAUUUCUCGCGUUAUUUAGCGAAGUCUACGUUGACGCAUUGAUUGUUAAUGCUGGUACAUACGAACAGAAAUGCGUUUGCUCAUAACAUUAUAACUUUCUCGAAAGAAGAAUAUCAAUCUUUCGUCGAGUUUAAUUUAAAAUUCUUCUUUGUUGCAAUUUUUAAUUUCUUGGCGGCUUUAAUUCAUUUCGAAUUUCUUUCCUCGUUGGGAGUACAACUCGCGACAAGCAAAGCACGACAUCGACGUGACGCAUCGAAUCCCAAAGUACGAGGGAUUCACAAACGGUGAAUUUCGAAAUAUAUCACAAAAGCGUGAAGUUGUUCUAUUACUCGUUUCAUUCGUCAAAUACUCUCGUUUUAAUUAAUGAUCUCGCACGCGUAGCGAAGAAUGCCAAUUGAGAAUCCUUUACAUCCUUGGAGAAAGUUCAUCGAGACUUGUCGCGGGUAAAUAUGCCGCGUAAAUUAAGCCGCAAAAUAUCGUACGCCGAUAAAUUUUUCUGAAUGAAAAUGCUUGAGAAUCGUGUGACAUUAUGGAUUCAGAUUCUAACGAAGCGCUCGGAUUGCGGUAAGAACAAUCACUAGUCGACGCCGCCAAGGAUGAAAAUCUGAUUUCUGUCUAACAUGACUCUGUGGGCAGCGACGCUGACGGAGAAAGUGAGAGAGAAAAGUGGUGUAUACAGAGGUGUACAAUGUAGGUUGAAUGAGGAGUCGCUGGAUGGAUUAUGUCAAGGAUGCACAAACUUUUUCGGCAUCGACUCGGAUAAAUCAACAUUACAUUUGCAACCGAUUUUUAUGUGGAUAUGUAUGAAUAGAUUAAUAAGAAAAGAAAAUAAUUUGUGCUAUCUUAUUUUUAAAGUUCUCUCUCUCUCUCUCUUCUUUCUCUUUCUCUCACAUAAGUUUUAUUGUAUAAUUAAGGAAUAUAUUUUUAUUCUCUCAGGUCAGGUCGAGUUUGUCAUUUAUUUUCGUUUCUUUCGUAUUGGAUCGAGCAUCUUGGCUCGAGCCGACAACCAGAUUCGAUCCGAAGUUUGUGCAUCAUUGGAUUGUGUAAUUUAAUCUUGUAUAUAUAUAAGGUACAUUUUGUAUAUUGUUAAAAGUUUGUGUGAUAUAAAUGGUUAUGUAUUUACUAUCGAGCGCGAACGGCGAACGGGGCUUCCGCGCGUUUAUUCUACGGGCGAUUAGCCGUCGUGCGCGACGUGCCAUGUGGUUUUUCGUGGUCCUGCAUUGCCAAGUACGUCGCAUGCAGUGGCGCCUUCCUUCUGCCACGCUGUCGACGAUAGAGAACGCAGAAGAUAAUUUAAGAUCAUCGACCCACUCUCCGAUCAAUUUUAUUCAACGCUAAGUAAUCGCCACAUCUAAUUAUUUUAUCCCGAAUAAAAUAUGAAGACGUUAAGAUUUUGUAUUCCCAUAAUUUCAUUCGUUCUACGUUUCAUUGCCACGUAAUCUCUCAUCUCAAACUGAUAUAAUAUAUUUUACAUUUGCGACCGCGAGUUCUUACGAGACCUACUUGCCAUCAAAUAAUUCUCGAAUCAUUCGCAACUUCGAAAUACUUUCGCAAACCGAUUUAUCACGAUUCGAAUUGACUUGCAAAUAUAUUUUGCUCAUCUGGUUUGCGCGCGAAAGAGAGGCAAGGAUCGUUACGAAGACGGAAAACACGUCUAGUAUCAUUUGAUCUCUGGCAAAUCGAAUCAUGAUGAUACGAAUCGCGCUGCAUAUCGUAUUUGGCACUCGGCAGGCCCACGGAAAUGGAGCGAGCACGGGAUGUCCCUCUGGCCGAGAAUGGCACGCGCGCGGACCGCGGAGCCGGUCCCAUGCGUGCGUCUAGUUAAUUUUGUUAUUUCAUUUAUCUCGGACUCUUCGUACUCGGGACCCGACAUCUGUAUGUGGUUUCGCGGCCUCUUGUAAAAUACAAUUACACAUGGAACACACCAUACACGUUUAUUAAUUAAUAAAAAAAUCACAAGUUUUUAGAAAA